UUCUGGCCCUGAGACACUAAAGUGAGGGUUUCCUUGGUGUGGGCUAAUGGCUCCCCUACUGGUUUACCCCUGUCCCAGACAGCUGAUAUUGGGGGUGUAGGAUGAGGGGAGUAGCCUCUGUGCUUGAUGCUACUACCCUCCGGGCUCUAAGGCAUCUGAUCCUCAAGGCUCCAUUUUGCAGCUGAAUGCCACCGUGGAGUCUCUUGAAAGAACUGAUCAGUCUUUUGCCCUUGACUCCUUGGGUGACCUUGGAGGUACCAUUGCCCCCUUUCAUCCUGUCCUCCUUUGACCAGUGGGUUUAACUUUGAAGCCAGAAGGCAAGCUCUUGUACCUGUUGUGGUGGAGCUGGAGGGCUGGGCCCAAGCUUGGCAUGUGUCUGCAGCCCCCCACGCCCCCCACCCCGUGCCUUUUCCAGUUGGAGAGCAAGCUGGGGUGCUAACUGGAUCCCCUGGCUGUCCAAAGGCUGUGGUGGGACAAGAUCCUCUAUUUUGUAAAUGACAGGACUAGUUCCCAGAGGACAAAUGGCUCUCCUUGGGCUGUACAGCUAGAUCUUGCUGGCCUCCUAUUGAACCUAAUCUGCAGACUUGGUGCCUCUUCCUCCACAGCCGGCUGCUGCACCCUCUCUUCCUCUUAUACACACAGACGCACACACGCGCACACACACAGAUGCACACACAGACGCACAGGACUGCGUAUACGACCUGCGUGUGGCUGAGAUGGUGCCUUUGUGCGUAUGUGGAAUGCUUGUGUGUUGGCGGGUGUGAAGGAGGCUGGGCUGAGCGGCUGCCCUGGCACAGUGUGCUGGGCGUGGGCCUCCCUCACAUGUAUGGAAGAGGAAGGGGAGGAGGAGAGAUGAAGGGAGCCUGGUGGGAGGGAAGGCAAACUCCGGGGAGGGGCUCUGUUGGACCUUAGCUGGGUCAUCCUCUAUGUGGGAUGUGAACUCUCUGGGGCUGGCUGCAGGUUCCCUCUGGGGUAAUUCCCUCAUCUUUAGGCUCCAUAAGGGAGCUUGUCCUUAGUUCUUGGGAAAUCAGAUAGACCCUUCUUCAGCUGCUGUGUGUCUGAUUUCUUUGCUGGGGAUCUAACAGCCCCCACACUGUUCAUUCUUCACCCCUGGGACUGGGCUGGGCAGGCAAAGCUGAACUUCCUGAGUCAUCUCACUGUUCCCUUUCUUCCUCUUCUUCCUCUUCUUCUUCUUCCUCUUCUUCUUCUUCUUCUUCUUCUUCUUCUUCUUCUUCUUCUUCUUCUUCUUCUUCUUCUUCUUCUUCUUCUUCUCUUCUUCCUCUUCCUCCUCCUCCUCCUGCCUCUUCUUCCAGGUGUCCCAGCUCCCACCUCACCUCCUCUGGUCGCUAGAGUGACCUCCCUAGCCCUUAUAACCAUCAGGUCCUGUGUCUUUCUUGACUGCCUCUCCCUGUUCCCAAAUGCACUGGACCCACCACUAGAUGUCAAGGAAAUGUGGAACCUUAUUUAACACCUCUGAGCCUGUUUCCUCAAUAUCUGCCUUCGGUUGUGAGGAAACAGAGAGUGCAGGAACUCAGUAGACAAUCUGUGCUGGCUGCUAUUGUUAUUAUUGUUAUGAUGAUGAUGAUGAUAACGACGACAACGAUGACAGUGUAGGAAUGGGAGUUCAAAUCUCCCUUGGCCGUGAUUGCUUAUGAAAUGUCCAAGUAGCUGGAUAUGGUGGAGCAUACCUGCAGCCCCAGCCUUCUAGGGGCAGAGGCAGGCAGAUCAAGGUCUGUGACUUUGAGGUCAGCCUGGUCUACACAGUAAGUCCUUCUCUCAAAAACAAAAACAAAAAAAGGAAGAAAGAAGAAAGAAAAGAGAUGAGCAAGUGGGGCUGCAGAUAGCUCCACUAGUGGGUAGCUAGCGGUACCCGUGCAUGACACGUCUUUCGUGUGCAUGGCCUUGGGUACAACCUUCAGUAACCAAAAAGCAGGGGUGGGAAGUGACAGGCCUGAGUGGGCAAACAACUAGACACUUGUCCCCGCUGCCCACCUUCCACUCCUCAUGCUACCCCUUGCUCUCCUGAGCUCCGUCUCUGGGCCUUUGCCUUAUUUCAGCCACACACCACAGCUCUUCAAAGUGGCUUCCUCCUUGCCCUCAUCUGCGUCAUCAUCUGGGUGAGACCCGUGAUCAGCCAGCAAGCACCAGUCCUCUCCAGUAUUCUCUCUCAGUCUUCCUUCACCAUCACCACCAUCACCACCGUAUCUUCUUUCUAGCAGUUCCCCCCCCCUCACGUGUUUCUGUUUUUCCCCAAACUAGAUGAUCCAUUCUGAGAUGGGGACCGUGUGUGUUCAUUCACUUCUAUAAUCUCAGCCCUGAGCUGAUUACAGUGUUUGGCUGAGGAAGCAUUCAGUAAACGUUAAGAUGACUGAGAACUCAGGAAUGACUGGCACAGAGGGCCCUGACAUUUUCCUGGAUGAAGUUCCUCCAGCCACGGUGUCUCCAGCCACUGCCCACCUGUAUCCAGUUGGGUUCGGCAUGGCGAACUUCACACCUGUCAAUGGCAGCUCAGCCAAUCAGUCUGUGCGUCUGGUCACCACAGCCCACAACCACCUAGAGACAGUGGAGAUGGUGUUCAUUGCUACAGUGACUGGCUCCCUGAGCCUGGUGACUGUUGUGGGUAACAUCCUGGUAAUGCUGUCCAUCAAGGUCAACAGGCAGUUGCAGACGGUCAACAACUACUUCCUGUUCAGCCUGGCAUGUGCGGAUCUCAUCAUAGGGGCGUUCUCUAUGAACCUCUACACCUUAUACAUCAUCAAGGGCUACUGGCCCCUGGGUGCUGUGGUCUGUGACCUGUGGCUGGCCCUGGACUAUGUGGUGAGCAAUGCCUCUGUCAUGAACCUUCUCAUCAUCAGUUUUGACCGCUACUUCUGCGUCACCAAACCCCUCACUUAUCCCGCCCGCCGUACUACUAAGAUGGCAGGCCUCAUGAUUGCAGCUGCCUGGGUCUUGUCCUUUGUCCUCUGGGCCCCUGCCAUCUUGUUCUGGCAGUUUGUGGUGGGCAAGAGGACAGUGCCUGAUAACCAGUGCUUCAUCCAGUUCUUGUCUAAUCCGGCAGUGACCUUUGGCACAGCCAUUGCUGCCUUCUACCUGCCUGUGGUCAUCAUGACCGUGCUGUAUAUUCACAUCUCACUGGCCAGCCGCAGCCGUGUUCACAAGCAUCGCCCUGAGGGCCCCAAGGAGAAGAAGGCCAAGACUCUGGCUUUCCUCAAGAGCCCUCUGAUGAAGCCGAGCAUUAAGAAACCUCCACCAGGGGGCGCUUCUCGAGAGGAACUGCGCAACGGGAAGCUAGAAGAGGCUCCUCCGCCAGCCCUGCCCCCGCCUCCACGCCCAGUGCCUGACAAGGACACUUCCAAUGAGUCCAGCUCAGGAAGUGCCACCCAGAACACCAAGGAACGGCCACCCACAGAGCUGUCCACCACAGAGGCCACCACACCAGCGCUGCCUGCCCCUACACUGCAGCCACGAACCCUCAACCCAGCCUCCAAAUGGUCCAAGAUUCAAAUUGUAACAAAGCAGACAGGCAAUGAAUGUGUGACGGCCAUUGAGAUUGUACCUGCCACGCCAGCUGGUAUGCGCCCAGCAGCCAAUGUGGCCCGAAAGUUUGCCAGCAUCGCUCGCAACCAGGUGCGCAAGAAGCGGCAGAUGGCGGCCCGGGAGCGCAAAGUGACUCGGACAAUCUUUGCUAUUCUGCUGGCCUUCAUCCUCACCUGGACACCCUACAAUGUCAUGGUCCUGGUGAACACCUUCUGCCAGAGCUGUAUCCCCGACAGAGUGUGGUCCAUCGGCUACUGGCUCUGCUACGUCAACAGCACCAUCAACCCUGCCUGCUACGCACUCUGCAAUGCCACUUUCAAAAAGACCUUCCGGCACCUUUUGCUGUGCCAGUAUCGGAACAUUGGCACAGCCAGGUAGACGGGCAGGUACCUUAGGAGGUGCUGGUGUCAUGAGUGUGUACCGGGGAACCACAUGGCUCACCGGCUGUGGAGGAGAGAGGAGGCGGCCCCACUCUGAGUUCGCAUCUGCUGAAGAGAACAGGUCCCCCAGACACCAGGAGGUACAGAGGCUCUUCGCUGGGAUGGGAGAGCAGAUCUCUACUGAAGCCUAGGAGGCUCAGCCCAGGGAAGGUCUGAACUGGCACCGCCUGGCCCCAUUCUUUUACCUUGCCUCAGGAAGAUGGGGGACAAUGGCUGGCGUGGACAGCGGCUCUAUCAAGGCCAACCGUCAGCAGAGGUGAUGAAUAAAGCCAAGCCCAGGAGCAUCUUGAGAGGAGCAAAAGGAGCCAGGCUUGCAAGGGUGGGGUCCCGCCCCCGUUGUGCUGUAAUCGGUGCUUUCCGCCUUCCUGCGCCCUCCUCCCUAUGCAUGUAGGCUCAGCCCUUCCCCUGCCCCCUAGUCCCACUCCAGGGUGAAGGACUUCCCUGCCAUUGUUGCUCAGCCAGGCUCUGGGUGGGAAGUCAAGCCCUUUGGCACUCCCCUGGCCACCAGUCAUCUGGAUGGGGCAACUGGGAGGUCAUGCUAAGCUGGGAUACAGGCUCCAGGGGACUGAGUCAAUUAGUGGUGGA